AUGGGUGAAACACAGAACCUGCAUUUACCUCUGAGAAACCGAUCUUCUCUAAAGAAGUCGUUAUUGGUUGUUUUAUUAGUAUGCGUCACGAGUGUGCUCUUGGUCUGUACUUACAUGUAUCCACAACACAAUGGCAAGAGUUCUUCUUCUUGUAAAGGUUUGUCUAGCAGAGGCUGUGAAGCGUCGCUCUCGGGAUGGCUUCCUGUUCAUGUGAGGAAAUACACAGACGAAGAAUUAGCGGCUCGCGUUGUGAUCAAAGACAUAUUGAGAACACCUCCUGUUCUAACCGUUAAAUCGAAAAUCGCAUUCAUGUUCUUGACUCCCGGUACUUUGCCAUUUGAGAAGCUCUGGGAUAAGUUUUUCCAGGGUCAAGAAGGGAGAUUCUCUAUUUACAUCCAUCCAUCAAGGUUACGACCAGUUCACAUUAGCCGUCACUUUUCAGACCGAGAAAUUCAUAGUGAUCAGGUCACUUGGGGAAGGAUUUCUAUGGUUGAUGCAGAGAGACGGCUUCUAGCAAACGCUCUUGAAGAUCCUGACAACCAACACUUUGUUCUUCUUUCAGAAAGCUGCAUACCGUUGCAUACGUUUGACUACACCUAUAGAUAUUUGUUGCACGGAAAUGUAAGCUUCAUUGACAGUUUUGAGGAUCGUGGUCCUCAUGGGACCGGCAGACACAUGGACCACAUGUUACCUGAAAUCUCAAGGCAAGAUUUCAGAAAGGGUGCGCAGUGGUUCACAAUGAAGCGUCAACAUGCUUUGAUAGUGAUGGCUGAUAAUCUCUACUACUCGAAAUUCCGGGAGUAUUGCAGACCCGGGGUAGAAGCAAACAAGAACUGCAUCGCGGAUGAACAUUACCUGCCUACAUUCUUCCAUAUGCUUGAUCCUGGAGGAAUCUCAAACUGGUCAGUCACAUAUGUUGAUUGGUCUGAGCGCAGAUGGCAUCCAAAGACAUACAGAGCUCGUGAUGUCUCACUUAAGUUCUUGAAAAACAUCACGUCGGACGACAUGAGUGUGCACGUAACAAGCGUUGGCAAGCGCGGAGAAGAGCUGCAUUGGCCUUGUACAUGGAACGGGAUUAGGCNUCCGUGCUAUCUAUUCGCAAGGAAGUUUCACUCAGAUUCUGUUACCAAAUUGGUCAGACUCUUCCCAAACUACACUAGCACAGUGGUCUAA